AAAUCGAGGUGUUUUGCUUAUUCCGAUUUGUGUUUUGUGGACCAACUUGGAGCCAACGCUCAUCAAUUUUGGCCAUUUCCGUGUGAAUAUCGGAGUUUCGACGGUCAAUUGACUCUUUGAGAGUGUGAAUGAGUGUCUCAAUCAGUGAAAUGUUAUUUUUGGCGCGCAAAAUCAUUCUUGCCCAAGCAACUCACACUAUCGCUUGAGGCCUUACCCCCAUUGACUCUCUGGACCAGAUGAUGUCGUCAAAUAUCUCAAGUGGUGUUUACAUUAUAGGCAGAUAGACUGGAAAUUUAUGUUGCGGAUAAUUCAAAAUAAUCACAGUUUUUUUCUGCCUGAACGUCUUUUUCUCACGACUAGGCAAAAGCAUUGACCUUUCAACUGUAUAACAAUAAAUUAAUGAUUAUGGCGUGUGCAUAAAGAAGUGUUGUAAAAAAUAUCUCUCGUGGAGCAUUUAAUCGGUUAAUUGUGCAGAUUGAGACGUUGUAUUCGUGACAUAUUUCGCCAUUUCCUAUUUGUCACCACAUGCAAAUACAGAUAGAAGAAACGCAGGGUGACCUUUAAACUUGAGUUUGUUUUGACUGAAAGUGAAUAAAUACCAUUGGAAUUUUUUCAAAGUGAGCUUUAGUGCGCUUUCGUGGAGAGGAUUAAGCAAAAACGAGAACUCUAGCGUGUACAAGACAGUCUAAUCCCGUGUCAGCGAACAAAAAAGUCAUUUUCUCUAUUUCUUCAAAUGAUCAACAAAGGCCAAUCAAAAUUUCUUUGAGAAAGCUACGAACAAUAUUUUUUGCUGUAUUCUUCGUGAUUUGCUGUUGCCUGUGUGUCCAACAAAAUACCGUCAAGUUGAGUUGAACAGAGUGAGAUUUGUCGGUGGCAAAUAUUGUCCACUUCAUCCAAUCUAGCGAACGAUUGUUGUAUAAAGGCUGAAUGAUUGUAAGAACAGUGAUUACAAGUGACAACGGAGUAACUGUACAAGCUCUGGACUGAAAAUCUCAUCUUGAUGCUAUGACAUAUGCAUUGGUUCAUGGAUUAGCAGCUGAGUGAUAAUAUCAGAAUGGCUUUUUUGGCGGCAUUUGUUGUCUUCGUGACACUAUCUUCACCGUUAGUGGUAUUAAGUGAGAAGGAACAUGACUUUAGAUCCAUCGCUUAUCAAGAUUUGCUGCCGACUUCGAGUCGUUUCACUGAUGGAAAUGUCACAUCAUUUUCGCGUCUGCUCUUCGAUGUCGCCAGAGAUCAAGUGAUUGUUGGGGCCAGGGACACACUAUAUCGCCUGUCGUUUGGCCUCGAAGUUCGUGAGAGGAUGCCCUGGGAGGCUUCCACAUCGAUCCAGGAGACAUGCCAGAACAAGGGUCAAAGUGAAACCGACUGCCACAACUAUAUUAUGGUGCUACAGAACUAUGGUAAUCGUCUAUAUGCGUGCGGAACGUACGGCUUCAGUCCUUUUUGCUCGUGGCGUCAGAUGGAGAAUCUGACGGUGCUGAAUUAUGACAAGGGUGUAGCAAAGUGUCCUUUCAAUCCUCAUGCCAACAUCACCGCCCUCAUGACCGACAAUGGGCAGAUUUUUGUUGGCUCCCCCACGGAUUUUUCUGGCUCGGAUCCAGCCAUCCUGCGGGCGGACGUGGCACAGGACAACUCGCGUAUGCUGAGGACGAAUCAGUACAACUCCAAGUGGCUCAACGACCCACAAUUCGUCGGCAGCUUCGAGGCGGGAGACUUUGUCUACUUCAUUUUCCGGGAGACGGCGGUGGAGUACAUAAAUUGUGGUAAAGUGGUCUACUCUCGCAUUGCCAGAGUAUGCAAAAAUGAUCCUGGCGGCAGUCACAUCCUGAAGGACAAUUGGAUAUCAUUUCUCAAAGCCAGACUGAACUGCUCUCUGCCCGGGGAAUAUCCCUUCUACUUCGACGAGGUUCAGGGUGUUUCCUACUCACAUGAGGAGGGAGUGCUUUAUGCUACAUUCACAACGCCGAUUAAUAGUAUUCACGGAUCUGCAAUUUGUGCCUUCAACAUGUCAGCCAUUCAUGCUGCCUUUUCGGGUCCGUUCAAGGUGCAAGAGUCUGUGGGAUCUGCCUGGGAGAGGCAAGAUUCGCCACACCGAGAUCACUAUGAAUGCAAAAUGGGUCGCGGAAAAACAGCCCAGAGACACCAACUUCUCGAUUCUUCACGCUAUCAAUUGAUGGAUCAAGCUGUUCAGGCAACAACUCUGCAGCCCCUUCACUAUUCUCGUCUCGAGCGAUUCACUCAUAUUGCCUUGGAUAUGAUUUCCACGAAAUUGCAUGAGAGCGUGAGGGUGAUCUACGUUGCGACUGAGGAGGGGCAAGUGAAGAAGAUUUCUGUGCUACCGCGGACGAAGGACACGUGUGUGGUGGAGAUUUGGCAUCCUGAGGCCAGUCCCAACACACGAAUCCGAACUAUUCAGUUUCUUAAGGAAACAGAGGCGCUGUACAUCGGCACAGAUCGGGCUCUAAUGAAGAUAUCAGCUUAUCACUGUAAUCGUCAUGUGUCUAAGGCCAGCUGUCUGAACGCCAUGGAUCCCUACUGUGGUUGGAAUGAAAUGCUCGAGAUGUGCACUGGACCGCCGAGUGGAGACACUUUGGCCAGAUAUUGGGUGCAGAAUGCCACAGAGUGUCCGGUGCUCACGGCUCCGGUGGAUGGGAGUUGGUCCGCCUGGUCAGACUGGUUUAAGUGUGCCCAGUCAUCUGGAGGUUUGGUGUCUGAGCACACUUCAAACACCGACACUUGUCUCUGCCGUAGCCGCUCGUGCGAUAAUCCAGCGCCAAAGAAUGGCGGUGAAAAGUGCACAGGAAUGCCCAUUGAAGUGACAAACUGCACGGUUCACGGCGGCUGGACCGAGUGGAGUCCUUACUCACAGUGCUCCCAAUCCUGCGGUGUGGCUGUAAAGACUAGAAGACGCACAUGCUCCAAUCCCAAGCCAGCUAAUGGCGGCAGAGUGUGUGUGGGACCUGAUCGUUCUGAGAUCUACUGCACGAUGCUGCCUCCGUGUCCAGCACCUAAGCAACCCGCCAUCGACGGAGGCUGGGGACCUUGGGGUGCCUUUGGGGACUGCAGUUCACCAUGUGGAGGCGGCUUCAGAAUUCGUCGCAGAAAAUGCGACAAUCCCACACCGCAGAACGGCGGCAUAGACUGUCCCGGGUGCAGUAUUGAUUACGAGAUCUGUAACAGUCAACCUUGCGCUGAGGUAAAGCGCCUCAGCUCUUGGACGCCGUGGUUAAUGGAGUUGAAUGGUACAACAGGUGACGGCGGCCACACAGAACGGCGCUUCCGCUAUCUAUGCAAAGCCUCAGUGGCUGACUCGUCAACGCUGAGGAUCGCCCUGGCCAAGGAGGAGACGAGGAUUUGCCAGCCAGAUGGUACAUGCCAGAGAAACGGCGACAACUCCGACGCCGGAUGGGGAGAAUGGGGUCCGUGGGGACCGUGCAGCGUCUCGUGCGGUGGAGGGCAGCAGUUCCGGAUCCGACAGUGCGACAGGGGCAACGGGGAAUGCGACGGCACUGGCAAGAUGGCAAGAGCAUGUGCCACUCAGGCGUGCAGAGGCCAAUGGGGAUGCUGGGGCGAUUGGUCACCGUGCUCUGUAUCCUGUGGCAUUGGAAAACGUACCCGAACUCGCCAGUGCCUUUCAGCGACAGAUUCCAGCGAUGGCAGCGAUUGCGAUGGAUCCGGCAUUCAACAAGAGAUUUGCGAAAUGCCAAGCUGUGACACAUUCCUGGGAUGGAGUCAGUGGAGCGAAUGGAACGAGUGCAAUCCCGAUGGCGAAAGAAUUCGAACUCGGAAGUGUCUCACCACAAAUCCCACUUCGAAGGAGUGCCAGGGCGAGGAGAGGGACGUCCGGCCCUGUGCUCCGCCAGCGGCUGCCAACACAGACACUGCCUCUAUUGGCAUGACAAGCCUUUUCAUCAUCCUCAUCCCCACGAUUUUGCUCUUCUGCUCACUAACAUUCUUCGUGACUCGCGCCAGGUACACGAGAAAGCCUCCGCUGGGCAUCAAAAACAUUCCCGGGUCACCGUGCUACGACACAUACCCCAAUCAAUAUUCCAGCCUCCCCACGAAGGAUUACCCUGAACCCAGGCAGAAGCCUAAGAGGCAGUCGUCCUUCAAUUCCCAUGGCUCGAGCAGUUCCAAGAACAUCCCCAAUGGACAUGGGACACUGACAAAGUCCAAUAACAUGAUGGGUAAUCACACACCCAAAGUGCUCUCGAAAUCGUUCGAACCAGACACAGCCACAAUCAAAAGGAAUUCCCAUUCACUCAACAACGUCAGACCCCCAACGAGAUCCAUCAAUGACGAGGAGAAGUUCUGAGUCAAUUUGCUGGCCAUGCCAACCAGCUUUGUAGAAAAUCAUUUGAACAUAACGCAUUGUCGCAUGAGAAAGUACAAAUUUAUGCAUCAUCGAAGAGAGCAUUUAUCGUCAUAGCACAUUCUUCAAAAUUACUGCAAUAUCUGAGGCAAGUGUUGCCCAAACUGAUAGGAUAAUUGUAAGAGAAAAGUUUAGAUUGUAGAACUCAUCUUUUCACUAUAUAGACAGAGAAACGUCAUCUCUCUUUUGUAAUAUUACUACAAAUUUCACAUGUGAAUGAGUGCCAAAUUAUGUUACACGAUUAACAGUUAAAACUUCAACGACCUGUAUAAUUUUAAAAAUCGUGACUUAAUUUUUUCCCAUAUAAUCAAAUCGCUGCCAAGCCAGUUACUGCUAAACUACUUCAAAAUCAUAUACAUAGAUUUAAAUACUAAUGUCUAUUGUGAUGUUAGGUUUUAGAUUUUUUAGGUGAGAAAUUCCAUAAAAAAUUAUACAAGAUUUGCAUUUUAUUAGGAUGUCUAUUCCGUUAAAGAAAGUCUGAUUUGUAGCUAAUAUAAUUUCGCUAAGUGGUUGGAAUGAUUCCUUAAAAUGAUAAUCCUUUUAAGUAAUUUUAAAAGCUUCAAUUUACAAAAUAACCAAAAAUCAGCAUUGUGUUGUGUAGCUUAUCAGCAACUGCUAAGGUUAUUAAAUGUGCCAUUUAGCAAGGUUAGCAUAGACUCUUUUGUAAUGCAAGAUUUUUCGUAUAAUUUUAUUUGCUAGAUUUGAAUAUUAAUUCAUUGUAACAUGAAUCAGUAGCUCAUAUUGAGUGAUUUCUAGAUUUAUUCCAUACUUUAUAGUGUGAAAUGGUAGCUCAUAAGGACGUAAUUUGAUGUAAAAGGAACGUGUAAAGGAUUUUAGGCUACUUAACAGUGAAUCCUAAAUUGCAAUAACAAUUUUGUCUAUUUUAGUUUAUUAAGAAACUUACAGUGAAAGACAAAAAUGUGAAUAAUUCAAGUUAAUCUAUAAUCGAAAUUUAUACGGAGCUCAAAUAAAAUUUUCUUUUGUAAAUCCAA